AUGGCCAGUACCCAACACUACUCUCCACUGCCCUCCUUCGAGGAUGAAGUCCCCGAUCUCCAGUCACGGAAAUCGCGGGUACUGGUUUUACGCAAGUUUUUUCUGUCUUUAAUGGUUAUAUUAAGUAUGAUUUGUAUGCUUGCUCUUGGGUACAUCCUUGGUUCGUGGUAUGGGCAUGAGUCAAGAUACGCCUCUAUCGAGCCUAGUGGUGACCUACACUACCAUAUGCAAUUUAAUGGAUCUUACCCUCAAAGGUCGAGCGCACAAAGUGAUGCGCUAUGGGACUCCUUAUUUCCAGAAAAGAAAGGCUUCGUCCAACACCCAGAGCUUGCGCCGAAUGUUGCUGGGAUUGCUGUAUUCCAUGAACUCCACUGUUUGAACAUCCUCAGAACAGCCUUCUUUGCCUCGAUGGACGGAUUGCUCGAGCAAAUGGGAGCAGAAACUGAGGAAAUGAACCACCGCACCAGCCAUCAUCACAUCCGUCAUUGUUUUGAGUAUCUACGACAGUCACUUAUAUGCCUUGCGGAUUCCAACUUAGAGGAAAUGAACUACACCAUACAGGGAGUCUCCGGAUGGCAGACUGAACGAACGUGUAGAAACUUUGAACGGUUGAAAUCAUGGGCUGAUGAUUGGGGUAUCUCAAGGGAGGAUGCACUACACAAUUGGAACACUCAAGGAUCCCAUUUGAGUAAUGAUAGCAAUACUACCUAG